AUGGCGGCGUCCACGAGGCCCAAGGAGAGGGUGACCAGCUUUGUCGUGCCCUGCAGCCUUGUCAACUACUUCGUCCGCCAGAACAGCACCCCAGUGGUGAAGCUCGGCUUUGUCAUCAAAGGUGAAACCAAGACACAGAGGGCGCCGACAACGAUGCACUUGCUUCCCGGAGUGGAGGGCGAAGAGGCAGAGAGGAGGAAGGAAACCAUGGAGUUGAUCCCGCAGAGCGCCGGGUUUAGCGUGCAGGACGCUUCUACUGCCUCUAAUGCUUCUAGGUACUACUACUAA